AUGUCCCAGGUCUAUAACCUCACCGGCUCCAUUCCUUCCUCCUUCACCAAACUUCAGAACCUUAGAUCGCUGUCUAUUAGAUACACCAAUCUCUCCGGGCCCAUCCCAGAAUUCCUAGUCCAGCUCAAAAACCUUGAAGGACUCAAUUUGCACGACAAUGAGCUCUCAGGCGAAAUUCCGGCAACCCUCGGUGGCAUUACCACACUGAGAUCUCUUGAACUCGAGCACAAUAAACUUCACGGAAGCAUACCGGACUUGUUUGGGAAAAUCAGCAGCAACUUCUCUGUCUUGGAUCUUUCAUACAACCGUCUUUCUGGUAAAAUCCCCAAGUCACUAAGUAGAUUCAACUUCGUGUUUGUUAAUCUUUCCAAUAACAAACUCGUCGGAGAUGGGUCGAUGAUAUUCACGGAGAACGGAUCGCGACGAUCGGUUGUCUGGGUAAACCUGUCAAGAAAUUUAUUGGAAUUCGAUCUGUCUAAGUUGAGAUUGGCAAAGACAUUGAAGCAACUGGAUUUGUCACACAACAAAAUUCGAGGGAGCAUUCCGAAGCAGGUCACCGAACUACGGAAUUUGUAUUAUACUUGGAUGUGA